AUGUCGGCGACGACGCUGCCAAAGGACAUCUCUAAGCUCGGCCAAGAGGUAAAACUUUUCGGAAAGUGGGAUACCCAGGAUGUCGAAGUUAAGGAUAUCUCCCUCACCGACUACAUUCAAACGCGCAAUGCUGUCUACGUCCCCCACACCGCCGGCCGUUAUGCCAAAAAGCAGUUCAAAAAGGCCCAAAUGCCCAUCGUCGAGCGAUUGGUAGACUCUCUCAUGAUGAAGGGGCGCAACAACGGCAAGAAACUCCUCGCUGUCCGCAUCGUCGCACACGCCUUCGAGAUCAUCCAUCUCCUCACCGACCAGAACCCUAUUCAGGUUCUCGUCGAUGCCAUUGUCAACACUGGCCCACGAGAGGACUCGACUCGUAUCGGCUCUCAGGGUACCGUUCGUCGGCAAGCUGUCGAUGUCUCUCCUUUGCGCCGGGUCAACCAGUCCAUCGCACUCCUCACCGUUGGCACGCGUGAAUCUGCUUUCCGCAACAUCAAGUCGAUUGCCGAAUGCCUCGCUGAUGAACUUAUUAACGCAGCCAAGGGCUCGUCCAACUCGUAUGCCAUCAAGAAAAAAGACGAGCUGGAGCGUGUGGCCAAGUCCAACCGGUAA